CAUCAAGCAUAUUUUGAAAUGCAUCAAGUUGCAUCGGGUGACCAACCUCGCUUCACUGGAGGCAGCCGUCCUGGGAGCACCGGCGUAAUGAGGGAGAGGAGGACAGCUGGUGACCCCUACUGGUCCUAUUCAGGAAGCCAUGGGCCUCGAGGCUGGGCAGCUUCUUACCCAGAGUGUGCUGCAAAGGACCAGUCUCCUGUGGAUAUUAUAGAUGAACAAGCUCUGGUGCUGGACGAGUACCAGAUGCUGGAGCUCGACAAGUUCAACAUAGAGUCAUCCAACCAGACCACCAUGAAAAACACUGGAAAGACAGUCGCUGUGCUGCUGAAGGAUGACUACUUUGUAAGAGGCGCUGGACUGCCAGGGCGCUUUAAGGCUGAGAAGAUGGAGUUUCACUGGGGCCAGAGUAAUGGAUCAGCAGGCUCAGAGCACAGCAUAAAUGGCAGAAGGUUCCCCGUAGAGAUGCAGAUCUACCUUUACAAUUCAGACGACUUCGACAGCCUCAACGCGGCCAUGAAGGAAAGACGCAUCAUCGCCGCCAUGGCUGUCUUCUUUGAGCUUGGGCAAAAAGACAACCCAGCUGUGGACCCAAUCAUCCAGGGAUUGAAAGGAGUGGUGCACCAUGAAAAGGAGACCAACCUCAGGUCAUUCAUCUUGAGGGAUCUGCUGCCUUCGUCGGUGGACAGUUAUUACCGAUACACCGGCUCUUUGACCACUCCGCCCUGCAGCAAAGUAGUGGAGUGGAUCAUCUUCUCCAGGCCCGUGUAUCUGUCCCACUCACAGCUGGAUGCUUUUUGCUCCAUCUUCACUACGGAACAACAGGACCACGUCAAGUCUGUCGAGUACCUGACAAACAACUUCAGGCCGCUGCAGGACCUGAAUAAUAGGAAGAUUUUCAAGUCGGCUGUGAAAGAUGCAUGGCAGAAAGAUUUGACUGAGAUAUUAGGAAGCCCACACAGCACAGAGGCUUCUAGAGUGUGCAGCAGUGCCCCAGUCAGCAUGAAGAUCCAACCGCUGAAUGAGACAGCCUUGAUGGUGAGCUGGGAACGCCCCCUGACCAUCUACCACCCGCCCAUCAGCGGCUACAUGGUCUCCUACAGCUGGGUGAAACGAGACGUAGCAGAUGAAAAGACUUUUAUAAAGACAGGAGACCAUAGCAUGAAAGCGGUCAUUACUAACGUGUCGCCAGACCUGCUGUACCUGUUCAGGGUGCAGGCCGUGUGUCAGCUUGACCUGCGCAGCGACUUCAGCCAGACGCUGCUGUUCAGAGCAAAUACAACAAGGAUCUUUGAAGGAUCUCGCAUUGUGAAGACUGGGAUGCCCACAAUAUCCCCGGCUUCGUCUGCAGACAUGGCUCCCAUCAGCUCCGGCUCGUCCACCUGGACGUCCUCUGGCAUCCAUUUCUCCCUCGUCUCAAUGGCCACAGGGAUGGGCCCGUCCUCCAGCGGCAGCCAGGCCACGGUGGCAUCAGUGGUGACCAGCACCUUGCUGGCAGGCCUGGGCGUCGGUGGUGGGGUGAUCUCCUCCUUGCCCAGCUCUGUUUGGCCCACACAGGCUCCUCCCGCCAGCCAGAACCCGACGCAUCCGUCCACCCCACCUUCAAAGCCCAGCACUGAGCAGGCGGCGAGUCAGGGUGCCGAGAGCGAGAAGCAGGCCGAGGACAAACCGGCCACGGGCGAGGGGCAGAAGACGGAGGAAGAGAACGGCGAGAAAGAGGAAGAAGAAGAGGAAGAAGAGCCUGAAAAAAGGAAAAAGGACAAGAAUUCACCUGAUAAUGAGGAGAAACGGGCCAACAGCACAGUGUCCGAAGAGCCUUUAAUCCCUACCCCCGCAUCCACAGCCAAAGAGAAAGGAAAGGGCAACCCGACGGCCAAAGCCGGCGCGGAGCCUGCGAGCAGCGGUGAUGACCGCUUGGUAAACGAGGAGAGGAGACCCACCGAAGUAAACACGCUCUCCACUCAGGAGCCACAUAAUGACAGCGCGGAGAUGCAGAUUCCUCAGAGCUCCACCGUAUCUCCAAAGAAUAGAAGUGACGGAAAGGGUCAAUGGCCAUUUUCCGUCCACACUGAUCAAACCGUCUUGUCCAACGUGACGCGGAGUCCUCACCCAGGAAUGGGCCGGAUGGUGUGGAUCGUCCCCCUGGUGGUGGUGUCUGCUCUCACUCUGCUCUGCCUCGUCAUGCUGCUGGUCGUGAUGGUCUACUGGAGGAGAUUUUUCCAGACGGCUCAUUUCUAUGUGGAGGAGAGCAGCUCUCCACGGGUGGUGGCCAAUGAGAAUAUCCCAAUCAUCCCUAUACCAGAUGAUAUGGACGCCAUUCCUGUCAAGCAGUUUGUUAAACACGUCAUGGAACUUUACAAAAGCAACAUGCAAGGUUUUGCGGAGGAGUUCGAGGAGGUCCAGCGCUCCACAGUCGACUUAAAAAUCACCGCAGAACAUUCCAAUCAUCCUGACAACAAGCACAAAAACAGAUACAUCAACAUUGUAGCCUAUGACCACAGCAGGGUGAAAUUGCGAGCUUUGGCAGGAAAAGAUGCCAAACAUUCGGAUUACAUCAACGCCAACUAUGUGGAUGGCUACAACCGUCCCAGAGCUUAUAUCGCUGCUCAGGGUCCUCUCAAGUCGACGUUCGAGGACUUCUGGAGGAUGGUGUGGGAGCAGAACACAGGAAUCAUUGUCAUGAUCACCAACCUGGUGGAAAAAGGGAGGAGGAAAUGCGACCAGUACUGGCCAACGGAGAGCAGCGAGCAGUACGGAAACAUCGUGGUGACGCUGAAGAGCACCAAAGUGCACGCCUGCUAUACUCUGCGCCGGUUUCUCAUAAGGAAUACGAAAGUUAAAAAGGGUCAGAAGGGGAACCAGAAAGGGAAGCUUAAUGAACGCAUCGUGAUCCAGUAUCACUACACUCAGUGGCCUGACAUGGGAGUACCGGAGUACACCCUCCCUGUCCUCACUUUCAUCAACCGCUCCUCAGCGGCUCGUACUGCAGACAUGGGUCCCGUCCUGGUGCACUGCAGUGCAGGGGUCGGGCGCACGGGCACGUACAUCGUCAUCGACAGCAUGCUGCAACAAAUCAAGGACAAAAGCACAGCCAGUGUCCUGGAUUUCCUCAAACAUAUACGCACACAACGCAACUACCUUGUCCAGACCGAGGAGCAGUAUGUUUUCAUCCACGACGCGCUGAUGGAGGCCAUCCUCAGCAGAGAGACGGAGGUGCCGGCCUGGAAGCUGCACGGCUACGUCAACGGCAUCCUGACGCCUAACUCGACCGGCCGCACACGGCUGGAGAAGCAAUUCAGGCUGCUGAGUCAGUGCAACACGCGCUUCGUCGAGUGCUUCAGCGCUCACAAAGACUGCAACAAGGAGAAGAACCGCAACUCCUCGGUUGUUCCCUCGGAAAGAGCAAGGGUUGGACUCACCACCCUUCCUGGCAUGAAAGGAACAGAUUACAUUAAUGCAUCCUACAUAAUGGGCUACUACAGAAGUAAUGAGUUCAUUAUUACCCAGCAUCCUUUGCCCCACACCACCACAGACUUCUGGAGGAUGAUUUGGGACCACAAUGCUCAGAUUAUCGUCAUGCUGCCUGACAACCAGGGGCUGGCCGAGGAUGAAUUUGUUUACUGGCCGAGCCGAGAAGAGGCCAUGAACUGCAUCGCCUUCACCGUAACUCUCAUCAGCAAGGACAGACUGUGCCUCUCCAAUGAGGAGCAAAUCAUCAUCCACGACUUCAUCUUGGAGGCCACGCAGGAUGAUUAUGUUCUGGAGGUGAGACACUUUCAGUGCCCCAAAUGGCCAAACCCGGACGCCCCUCUCAGCAGCACCUUCGAGCUCAUCAAUGUCAUCAAGGAGGAAGCCAUGACUCGAGAUGGCCCCACCAUUGUGCAUGACGAGUGUGGAGCCGUGUCAGCGGGCAUGCUCUGCGCCCUCACCACGCUGUCCCAGCAGCUGGAAAGCGAGGGCGUCGUCGACAUCUAUCAGGUGGCCAAGAUGAUCAAUCUCAUGAGGCCGGGGGUCUUCACUGACAUAGAGCAGUACCAGUACCUUUACAAAGCCAUGCUGAGCCUGGUCAGCAACAGAGAGUGCAGCCUGAGUCCCACUCACACGGACACUAACGGGGUGGUGGUGAUUGCGGACGAGUCGGACCCUGCGGAGAGCAUGGAGUCGCUCGUCUGAGGACAUUCCUGCAGGCACUUAAUUUGUAAAAAAACAAACAGGAAAAAAAAAAACCACCAAUCCAAGAACUUUUCUGAGGCCUUUUUGCCAGACUAUUGAUUAAACGAAUAACCUUAUUACUUUUUAUACUGAUAAAAAGGUUUUUUGAUAUUUAUGUUUUUUUUUCUUCGGUCCUUUAUUUCUUGUCUUUAAUGUUCUCCUGCUGAGCGUUUGCACCUGUUUAAGUUGACAUGAGGAAAAAGCAGCUCUGUCCACUUUGCACUAAACUAUCAGUGUUACUGCCUACACCCAGCGAGUGGAACAAAACCUCGGGGUGCGGGGGAUUGGGGGGAGGUUUCGGACCGCAUCGAGACAAAACCUGAAGCAUGAAGACCAGGAUGAGUUGAGGCGAUCCACCUAAAGUAAAGUCUUAAACCACUUCAUCACACCGUUUCAUAGUCCAGCAUGUAUUAUUUUUUUUUGGUUACAGUUUUCAGGCUCCACCCCUCUUUUUAUCACGUGAACAGACUUUCAGCUGCUUCUACAUUAAUGUCCCAAAAUCUCACUGCUGUCCUGUAAAAUGUACUUAUGACUUUUUUUUUUCUUUUUUUUUAAUGUGUUGCAACAUCUAAUGUGAACAUUUAUUGCUUUUUACAGGGAUUUAUAUUGUUGUAUUGUUUUGUAAUAUAUAUAUAUAUACAUAUAUAUAUUAUCUUUAAUAGCCCUGUUAUGUUUAUUUCUGUACUACUAGAUCCAUAUUCCUGAAGGAGGUUGUGUAGCUUGUCAUGUUUGGCCUGCGAAUCUCCAGCCUGAUAUUAUUUUUGAAAGCUUUUGUUGUUGCUUCUCUAACCUCAGCAAGUCACAGCUCAGCGGUUAACACGCGUAUCUGUACCGACACGACGCAACGCCUACAAGAAAACACACAAAAACAAAACAAACAAAAAAAAUAUUCACUCUGCACAAAGUUUUUCAUGUUUUAUUUUGAAGCGUUUUGUCGCAAUGUAAUUCGAAUCUGUUCCCGGCACUGAUCAACAAGCGGAGUCAUUUUAAAAUCAAGGUGAAAACAAAUUUUUUUUUGUGUUGAGUUUUAGCAAAAACUUUCCACAUCACUUUCAUUUGAUCGAAGGAAUUUUUUUUGGGCUUGUUGAUACCUCUGAUUGUUUUUCCUGCCAAGCUGCUAUGAGUCACUGACUUCUCCACAUUGUGUUGCUUUUAAGGACAUUCCUGCAGAAAUUCAACUGCAGCAACACUUGAUAGUUUUGUUUGAGUUUACUGAAGACGAGCAUCUUCGCUUGAUCCUCCUGUGAAGAUUUAAUUCAGUGCCUUGGAAGUCAUCCCAGUCUCUAACUGGUCCAUUUAUUUUAGCAAAAAUGUUACCAUGAAAUUCUGUAUUUUUACCUAUAAUUUGCCAUGUUACUUGGGCUUACAUCCAGAGCCAGCCUGAGGCAUAAGCAAACUAAGCUGCUGCAAAUGUUCUCCAACUCUGUAGGAUCCCCGAAGAGCAAUUUUUUUUUCUCACACUUAAUACAUCUCAAACAUUAUUUUCUUGUUGUUUGGUGUUGACAAGAACGAGAUAAGUUUUAAAUCUGCUAUGCUCUUUUUAAAAUAGUAGACCUUGAGUAAAUAGGACCUUUAAAUGAUUAAGAUUUUAAAGGAAUAAUAACAGUAUGUUUAUAAAUAGGACAGAAAAAAUAUUUUUUCUCACACAUUCAAAUGUUUUAGAUCAACAGACAGGUUUAGUAAAUACGAGAUGCAGUUUUCAACUAAUUAUUAGAUUUAUUAAGGGAGCAAGCCUUGCAUCCAAAUCAUCAUGAAGAAGAAAAUGCCAUAACUGGUUGAGACUUGGUGGCAGAAACUACCAUCAAAUGGUUAUGUUAACUGGAAAUCACUCUUUUUUAUAUAUAUACAUACUUUGGGAUUUAUUUUAUUUUAUUUUAUUUUAUUUUUUUGCAUAAUCCGUUUAUUUCAUAUGCAUUUUAGAAUUUCAAAAAGCAUGAACAAACUACCUACCUGCUUACCGCCAUGGCACAGCAUCUCAAUUUAAUUUAGGUCCAGACUUUGACAUUACUUCUCCAAAAUGUUAUUUUUGUUCAGGACUGCUCUUUAUUGUUGAACCAUGAACACUGAUCUUAAGCAUCUGCCAUGCUUUAGACGGUAAAGUUUCUUCUGUAAUGUCCUGGAUGAGAUGCUGACGUUGAGGUCUUGGAGUGAUUUUGGCAUAAACACUCUCUGGAGUUCAGUGGAGUUCUACAAAGUUAGUUUGUAACCCUUUCCAGACAGAUAGAUGUCAAUGUCUUUGUUUCUCUUCUGUUUCUGAGGAUCUUUACAUUGGGGCAUGAUGCAUUGCUUUGUAAAAAUCAUUUAACCUACUUGUCACUAAAUAGGUUCUAUUUAAGUGAUUCUUCAGGAUAGCUUUUUCCCUUCACAAAAUAAAUCAUUACUUGAAAGCUGUUUUUUUUUUUUUUUUUUUUUUUUUCACUUUAGUCUGGAAAUUUUUCUCCAGUAUUAAAAUUUAUUUGACGAUCUGCAAUGUUCAAAUAAGAAGAAAUGUGUAAGGAAAGAAUGUUUUUUCAAAGCACUCUACUACAAAACCAUGCAAAAGAUUGUUUAUACUGACUAGUAGGUUAAAUUAAAAGUUACUAAAUUAAUUCUUGCCUGUGGCCCCAUAUGUAGCACAUAUAGUGACAUAUUUAGAUUUUUUUUUUUUUUGCUGUCAUUGGCCAUAAAUGUUUGAUUAUGCAUCCAAAUUUAAUCACAUAAAGAAAAUAUUCUUUGCUGUUAUUCAACUUUUCAAUAAUUUAUAGAAUUUAUUUUCACCUUGACAUAAACGUCUGCUGAUCAGUGUCUCAUUUAAAUAUAAAAAAAAAACAAAAAAAGAACUCUGUGAAUAAAUAAAACAUGACAAAAAAAAAAAGAAGUAAUAAUCCAAGGGAGGUGAAAACUUUUCUAUAGACACUGUACUUUCCUUCUUGGUGGGUUGAUGCUUUAUUUGUAACCAAAGAUGUGGUUCCAGUUUGCGACAUGUUAAGUGGUUUUGUCCUAAAAUCUAUUUAACCGACGAGCGUUUGAAAUCAAAUUGUUCCGUACAGACUUUCCAGUGUCAGAGGUGUGAAUUUUAACCAGAGUUUAAGCAUGUUUCUGUUCGAGCCUCAGGAACUUGCCUUCCGGAGAAAUUUUACUUUUGUGAUGCUUUCCUCACUCUAGUAAACAAGGUUACAAAUUCAGACUGUAAAAUUGUAUUUUAUCCAGGCCGAAAUUCCGUCUCUGCGUUAUUUUGUGGCUAUAAUUAUAAUCCCUUUUCAACCCUGAA